AUGGCCGUCGCUGCAAUUCCGUUAUCUCUCGCAGUCCCAGCGGCUGUUGCAUCCGCUGCUUAUCUAAACGCACGAUGGGGCGUAUCAGACGAUCUCAAUAUCAUUUCGUCCCUAACGCGAGCUGCCUUCGGAUGCGCCAUGGCUGAACGACGAGGCGAAUGCAAUCUAUUCUAUAUCGUAGAACGGAAUGCCCUGAACAAGCGCACAGCGAACAACCUUGCACUCAUCUAUGAUAACCAGGAGUGGACCUUCCACGAGCUAUACACUACCACUCUACGCUACGGCGCCUGGCUUAAAAACACCCAUGGUAUCAAAGUGGGGGAUGUCAUAGCUCUAGAUUUUAUGAACUCUGCUGCUUUCAUUUUUAUGUGGAUGGGUUUAUGGAGUAUUGGCGCCACUCCCGCAUUUAUCAAUUAUAACCUGACAAAGUCUUCCUUAACUCACUGUGUCAAGGCGUCGACUGCCCACAUUCUAUUUGCUGAGCGUGAGCUACAGCAGCAUAUAUUCACCCCGGAGCAGCUGGAGGUGUUUGGCCAGCCGGACUUCAGAGAAGGAGGCGGGCCUGUCCAAGUGGUGUUUUAUGAUAAGGCGUUAGAGAGGGAAAUUUUGCUGACUCCCGGUGAACGCACGCCAGAUUCAAGUCGCCCUGGCACAAUCUCAAGUGAGACUGCUAUGCUUAUUUAUACCAGUGGCACAACGGGUUUACCAAAACCUGCUAUUGUGAGCUGGCAUAAAUGUAUCAUGGGUGGUAGAUUUGUUUCAAACUGGGUGGGGUUGAAAACGUCAGAUCGUGUUUACACUUGUAUGCCCCUGUACCAUUCCACAGCUGCUGUUUUAGGUUACGUAGCAUGCAUGUUUUCCGCAUCAACGAUUAUAAUUGGCCGUAAAUUCUCCGCCAGGAAAUUCUGGAAAGAAGUCCGUGCGAACGAAGCAACCAUAGUUCAAUAUGUCGGUGAGACCCUGCGAUACCUUCUAACAGUUCCUCCCGAAAUCGACCCUUCCACAGGCGAGAACCUAGACAUUAACCACAAGGUGCGCCUCAUAUACGGCAACGGCCUGCGGCCCGAUGUCUGGAACCGCGUCAAGGAACGAUAUAACGUACCCACUAUCUGCGAAUUCUACGCUUCGACGGAGGGUAACUCCGGUAGCUGGAACCGGUCCAACAAUGACUUCACAGCAGGAGCCAUUGGCAAAUUUGGCACCAUUACGAGGCUAAUUCUCGGCCGCAGGGUCGCGGUCGUGGAGCUCGACUACGAAACUGAGCAGCCAAUCCGAGACCCCAAGACUGGAUUCUGCAAGAAAGUCAGCUGGGGAGAACCGGGUGAGUUGCUUUUCGCUCUGGAUCCAGACAACAUCAAAAGUACGUUCCAGGGUUACUUCAACAACAGCAAGGCUACAGAGAGCAAGAUCAUGCGCGGCGUGUUGAAGAAAGGUGACGCAUGGUUCCGUACCGGUGACGUUGUGCGCUUGGACGCAGAUGGCCGCUGGUACUUCUCUGACCGCAUUGGUGAUACUUUCCGCUGGCGCAGCGAGAACGUGUCCACAAACGAAGUCUCCGAGGUCCUCGGUAAGCACCUUAAUGUCCUCGAAGCGAACGUCUACGGUGUCCCCGUGCCGCAUCACGAUGGCCGUGCUGGGUGUGCUGCCAUUGUCUUUCGUGAGCAGGCGGCCGUCACACCCCCGCUGGGGUCUGACGAAAAGCUUGCAUCUGAAGUGCCAAUUUUGGAACCGUCAUCUGCCGUGUUAGACUCUCUCGCUCAAUUUGCGUCAGAUAAUUUGCCCAAGUAUGCUGUCCCGACGUUCCUGAGGGUAACGAGGGAGAUGCAGUCGACGGGGAAUAACAAACAACAGAAACUUGUGUUGAGAAAUGAAGGAAUUGAUGUAGAGUUUUUGAAUGGUAAGGGUGUGGAUGAUCGGUUGUACUGGUUGAGAGAGGGCCGGUAUUUGCCGUUUGGACUUAAGGAAUGGGGGUCGUUGAAGGGGGGCAAGGUUAAGUUGUAA